AGAGAGGAAGAGUGCUCAGGAGAGAAGACUUGAAAAUCCCGUCUUAUGACGGGCUAAUUGGCUAGCUAUAGAAGCGUAAUAAGAAUGUUGGAACUGCUGGAGGGAGGGUUAUAAUAGAGUUGCCCAACCUCCAGGAUUGUCCUGGAGUCUCCAGGAAUUUAAAAUAAAUCUUUCAUUAAAGAUUAGUGGUGUGACAAAACCUCCAGAAAUAUGGCCAACCAAAACUGGCAACUCUAGGAGUCAGCUGGAGGAGAAAGGAGAUGGGGUAGCCAGAUGAGGGUCUAGGAGAGCAGAGUGUUGUGCUAGUAGACUGGGGGCAGCCAGGGAGUCAGGGAUCUGAGGGUACUGCUGAGGCCAGUAAGGGGAUUGUGGGCAUAGUGGUGGUGGGCCAGGGAAUAGGGAGGAAGAGCAGGGGUACUGGCUGAGUUGAUGAGGUUUGAGGGGUUGAAUGCAGCCUAGGCGCCUUCUGUUCUUUCUCCCACUCACUACUAGGAUGCUCCUACUACCACUCUUGGGGCUCCUGCCUAUGCCUCUUGCCUCAGAGGUUCUCCCUUUCCACCCUCCCAACUUGCUUCCUCUCGGGCAAAGCAAGAGGCGACCUGCCCUUUGGGGCAGCACAGCGGCUCUAGGCCCAUAGCCUGCCUGCCCCUCCCCCGGUAUAAAGGUUGCUGACAGUGAAGGGAGCGCACGCAACAGGCAGGUCCUUGCACGUGCAGCUGGGCGCCUUCGCUCUCACGCCCUCUGCCUCUUCCUCCUCCCGCCGAGCCCAGUCCCAGAGCCGAGGGGCCCUUGCGCUUCCCUCUGCCACCCGCUGCCAGGGGCUGGUCUCCGACACUCCCACACCCCCACCGCCUCGGCCUCUUUCCCCGCACCCGGGCUGCCGCUGCCUCUGCCCCCAAGCUGCGGCAGCCGCCGGAGACUUCGGCCCCGGCCGCUCUGUCGCGUUCUCAGCGCAGGGGACGAUGUCCAGGAUGGGCGGCUUUUUGCAGGAGGCGUCUCACCAGAUCGCGGCCGGCGGCUCAGCGGAAUGCCACCCACACCUGUGGAGAUAAUAAAUUACACACAACAUAUUCUUUAUUUUGAAGUAUAUGUUGUGAAGUCAAUAACUGAGUGGAUCCAUGGGAGAAAAAUUAUUUUAAAAGAUGAACUGUGAAAUGCCCUGGAUAUGAGAGACCAGAUUCUGGCACUAAAAAGUCUUGUAGAAAUUUGCCUGAUGCACCCUCUUGAUGUAGUGAAAACCAGGUUCCAAAUUCAAAGAGGGAAAACUGAUCCAACGAGUUACAAGAGCUUGGGGGACAGUUUUAGGACUAUUUUCCGGACCGAAGGAUUGCUUGGUUUCUACAAAGGCAUACUGCCUCCUAUCAUGGCUGAAACACCCAAAAGGGCAGUAAAGUUUUUCACCUUUGAACAAUAUAAGAAGUUACUAGGGCUUGCUUCACUGUCACCAGGACUGACAUUUGCAGUUGCUGGCUUGGGAUCUGGAUUAACAGAAGCGGUUGUGGUUAACCCAUUUGAAGUAGUGAAGGUUAGCUUACAGGCAAAUCGGAAUGCUUUUUCUGAGCAACCAUCAACCUUUGUCCAAGCACGGCGAAUCAUUGCAAGAGAUGGCUUGGGAUUCCGUGGGCUCAACAAAGGCCUCACUGCAACGUUGGGCCGCCAUGGUGUUUUUAAUAUGAUUUACUUUGGAUUCUACUUCAACGUCAAAAAUAUUAUUCCAGUCAAUGAGGAUCCAACUUUGGAGUUUCUGAGAAAAUUUGGAAUUGGGCUAGUCUCAGGGACAAUAGCCUCAAUUAUUAAUAUCCCUUUUGAUGUUGCAAAAAGUCGGAUUCAAGGGCCACAGCCAGUUCCUGGAGAGAUCAAGUAUAGAACCUGUUUUAAAACUAUGGCUACGGUCUAUAAAGAAGAAGGUUUUCUGGCUUUGUACAAAGGGUUUGUUCCCAAGAUCAUGAGACUUGGCCCAGGUGGUGCAGUGAUGCUUUUAGUUUAUGAAUAUGCUUAUGCGUGGCUUCAGGAGAACUGGUAAUCGGAAGUACUGCUUCUAAAAGAAUAUACUGUUUCAAAUGAUGACCCUGAUUAAGUGUGUUGUGAUGUGAAGGACAUAAAUAAGUAAAGUAAAAUAUGAGGGGCGCUCAUGCUACAGAUCUUUUUAUAUGAAUGGGAAUUGAAGAUAUGCAUCAGUUUGCAGGAUUGGGCACUAUGGCCCUGAUCCAGCAUUGAACGUAGGCACUGGCUUAGCUUUAAACACCAAUAUGCUUAUUUACAUUGCUGGAUCAGGACUCUAAAGAUCAAGAAAAAAUAUAAAGGUAACACAGGAAUAAGUUAAUUUGUCAAGAACAAAACUCAGUGUAGUGAGCAAUUAAUUAUGUCACUUAGUCAAUACAUCAGUUAUGUAACUAGUGAUUGUUAAAAUGUCAGGUGACAUUUCUUCAGCAAGAGAAGUGCCUUAAUCAUGCAGGACCAGCUCUUACACUGGUGUAAAUUGUCAUGGCUCCAUUGACUUUCAGAAUGAGGAUGCUUUACAAAUCCAAAGUAAAUCCUGGGUCUUGUCAUACAGUUCUAACACAGUACGGGAGUGAUGCUUGGAAAGGGAUACCAAGAUUGCCUCCAUACAUCAAAUAAUAUCCUCCUGUCAAACAUUCAGUUACACAUUGGGGGCUGUGUCUAGACUGGCAAGUUUUUCCGCAAAAGCACAUGCUUUUGCAGAAAAACUUGCCAGCUGUCUACAA